UCUCAUUAUUCUUCUUUCUUUCUCUUGCUGUUCUUCUUCAACUCGCGACAGAGCCAACAAUCUCUCUCUGCGAGCAACAAUGCCAGCCCAGAAGCGUUCCUUACCCGAGUCAAUGGACGAAGAAGAAACUUCACAGCAUCUUCACUAUUCUCGCCAUGUUAAGCAUCAACCGAACCACCGCGACCCAAACUUCAUCGACCAACAGCAUCAACUCGAACAAGAGGAAGAUGAAGAAGACGAUGAUGAUCAGCAAGAGCACGAUGAGGAGGAGGAGGAGCAAGGGGAAGAAGAUGAAGAUGAAGAAGAGGCUGAAGAUGAUGAUGAAGAUGAAGAUGAAGAAGGGCAGCACCAUAACGACGAUAAGGAAAAAUCACAGGAUUCCGACGAAACCCCAUCUUCUGACUCUGAAGAAAAACCUGAGUAUGUGUACGUAGAACUUUCGGAUAUUCGUAAAGAUGUCCAAUGCCCAAUUUGCCUUGGUAUCAUUAAGAAAACAAGAACUGUCAUGGAAUGCUUGCAUCGCUUUUGCAGGGAAUGCAUUGACAAAUCAAUGCGACUGGGGAACAAUGAAUGCCCUGCUUGCCGCACACACUGUGCCAGCCGUCGCUCUCUGCGAGAUGAUCCAAACUAUGAUGCUCUUAUUGCUACUUUAUAUCCAAAUAUUGAGAAGUAUGAGGAAGAGGAGCUUGAAUUUCGUGAAGAAGAAAAGAACCGAAAUAAGCAGAUUCAAGCUUCAAUAGCAAAAGUAUUUCAGCGGCAAUCUGAAGCACUGACCAAAAGACGUAAAGAUAAUACACCGAGUUCAUUUGUGACAAGAUCACAGCGUAAUCAAAGAAACCUUCAAUCCAGGAGACAAAACCAAGUUGCUGAUAUUCAAGGAUCUGAAGAAAACGAGGAGGAAAAUGGCAACAAUGAAAAGGACUCAUCUUCCGGUGACGAGCGUGGUACAGAACUCCGACAGAGAAAACGAAGGAGAUGGACCAGAGUUCGCUCCUCUCAGCCCUCGUCAUCAAUGGCAAGUCCUGAUGGCGGAAGUGUAGAAAGUGAUUUGGAUAUAAGUAGAGAAAAUCGAGGAAUUUCAAGGCAGGUGACAAAGCCUAGGAAGCUUACUUGGGGAAGAGGUGGUUUUAGAAGUAACACAAGACAUGGCAGUGGUGGUGGUAGCAACAGCAAAAAUUCUCGCAGUGGCCGAAUGUCUAGAUUGGUUGAUUAUCUCAAAAGCUUGAAUGAAAACACCGAUGAGUUUGAUGUUCAUCUCAUGUUUGUUUCUCCGGACAAAGAAGCUCCGACACCACGUUUGGAGCAGCUUCACCUAUGUUGUCGACCAACUUUGUCUGUCAAGAACCUCUAUGAAUAUGUUGCUAGUCAGACACCGUUGACAGUUGAAGAAGUUGAGAUACUGGCGGUAAAAGGAUGCAGCAGUUUAAACCGCGACGACAAGUCAGCUGAUGAGAAAUCAGCCGCUGAAUGUGAUGAGCUAACAUCGCUGGUUAUAGAUCCACAAAAAGAUGAAUUGGAACUUCUGCAAGCUCAUGAAACUGUGGCAGAGAUUAGAUCCAAAUCUAUAUCCAAAAGGGGGCAUUUGAUUCUGGCAUAUAAGAGGAAGGUGUAGGAGGCAUUAUAGUGUUGGUUUGGUUGGCAGAAGUUUGAGAUGGACAACAAUGCUAUGAACAUCUUUUGUGUGUACAUAAUUAAAAGACCAAUUUGCCUAAAGUUUUUUUUUUUUUAAAUUUUAAAGUUGCAUCCCAUAAAAGUGAAUAAAGUUAUCCUUAUAGUUUAUUAAAUUGUAAAACCUCCAAUAAUGACAUUAUGUUUGGCAUUGUAGUAUUUUAAAUAAUUUUGAGAUGUACCUUCUAAAAUGUCGGUUACAAUUUCAAAUUCAUACAAUUAUGUUGUUUACUGGAGUUAGUUUUAAGAAA